UCGCGCGGCCGCCAUGGCCCAGCCGGGGAGGCUCGGCGCCAGUUCUCCGGCGCAGAAUGGGGCAGUCUCCGCUGCGGGGACGCCCUACAGCAAUGGUCCUGUGCAAAACACAUUGAUGCAUUCACAAGUUUCGGUGAGCCAAGGAUACAGUUCUCCAUUUCCAGAAUCUUACCCUCAUCAGAUACCAGCAAAGACUCCUUUGAAUCCAGCCUCUGGACCAUAUAAUUAUGGUGAUUCUCAGACUGUUUCUUCAUUAAAUAGUUAUCAGGGACCUGGGCAGACUCUCAGUAGACUUCCCUUGGAACCUAAUCCAGUGACACCUUUGCAGAAUACUAUCCCUCUUUCCCGAAUGCCGCCUCCGCCUUCAUCUCAAACCCCAGCUGCUUUACCAGCAUCUUCUGAUAGCUUUCUUUAUGGACCUAACCCCUCAUUAUCUUCAAACUGGCAAUAUGGUCACCCACAAGUGGGAUCGAAAACAAAUCAUUUUGUUCCUGUAUCAACUCAACCAUCCUUAUCAGGAAAUACAAAUCUGUCAAGAAAUAAUCAGUAUGCUUCUCUUGGAACUCCUUCACUUCAGAACAACUACGUGAAAACAGGUUCUAUUUCUCCACCAACAAAUCAGCCUUUACCUACAAUUUAUCAGCCAAUUCGAGCUCCAAUUGGACCCCCUCCAUCUGGAGGCCCACCUCCUGUAAGAUCUUUGGAUCCACAGAGAAAAACAUCAAACAGUGUUGCACCCCAACCACAGGUUAUCUCCACUGUGAACCAAGAAGGUGAUAUGUCAACUGCCAGUAAUGGCUCUGUGGUUGAGAACAGUUAUGAUGCAAUUGAAGGAGGUGGCUUCAUGGCAUCAUCACAACUUACCAACCAAAAUCCCAAAAUGAGUCGAAAUGUUGGCUAUUCAUAUCCCUCCUUACCACCUGGUUAUCAAAAUACAUCUCCCCCUAAUAUGUCAGAAAGGCCAUCCACAGCCUUGCAAUACACUAGUGGGCUGCAGCCAUUUUCUCAGUCUCCCUUAGGUGCUAAUCAUUUAACCACAAGGAUGGGUGGGUUAAGUCUACAUUCGGAAGGACUACGAGUUAUCAAUCUGCUUCAAGAAAGAAAUAUGCUUCCAACAGCCUCCUUGAAGGCUCCUGUCCCAAAUUUGCAUGAAGACAUACAGAAACUUAAUUGUAAUCCAGAGUUGUUUCGAUGUACUUUGACUAAUAUUCCUCAGACUCAGACCUUAUUGAACAAAGCCAAACUUCCUUUAGGACUACUACUGCAUCCUUUCAAAGAUUUAUUGCAAUUGCCUGUGGUUACCUCCAAUACAAUUGUGAGAUGUCGUUCCUGUAGGACAUACAUCAACCCUUUUGUAAGCUUUCUUGACCAAAGGAGGUGGAAGUGCAACUUGUGCUAUAGAGUCAAUGAUGUUCCUGAAGAAUUUAUGUACAAUCCUAUAACCAGAGUAUAUGGAGAUCCUCUUAGAAGACCUGAAGUUCAAAAUGCUACUAUUGAAUUUAUGGCUCCUUCAGAAUAUAUGUUACGUCCACCUCAACCUCCUGUGUACCUCUUCGUGUUUGAUGUGUCUCACAAUGCAGUUGAAACUGGCUAUUUGAAUUCAGUUUGCCAGAGUUUGCUGGACAAUCUAGAUUCGCUUCCUGGUAACACUCGAACAAAAAUUGGCUUUAUAACAUUUGACAGUACAAUCCACUUCUACAGUCUUCAAGAAGGUCUCUCUCAGCCUCAGAUGCUAAUAGUAUCAGAUAUUGAAGAUGUCUUCAUACCAAUGCCAGAAAAUUUACUUGUAAAUUUAAAUGAAAAUAAAGAGCUUAUUCAAGACUUAUUGAAAACUUUGCCACAAAUGUUUACCAAGUCUUUGGAAACACAUAGUGCCCUGGGACCUGCGCUUCAGAGUGCCUAUAAGUUGAUGUCUCCUACUGGUGGCCGAAUCUCUGUUUUCCAAACACAGCUUCCAUCGGUUGGAGUAGGAGCAUUAAAAUCCCGAGAUGAGCCUAACCAAAGGUCAUCUGCUAAGGAAAUACAUCUUACACCAUCUACUGACUUCUAUAAGAAAUUAGCCUUGGAUUGUUCUGGUCAACAAGUAGCAGUUGAUUUGUUUCUUCUCAGUGGGCAGUAUUCUGACUUGGCUUCAUUAGGCUGUAUUUCUAGAUACUCAGCAGGUAGUGUCUAUUACUACCCAUCUUAUCAUCAUCAGCAUAACCCAGUCCAAGUAGAGAAGUUACAAAAGGAAUUGAAACGAUACCUAACCAGGAAGAUUGGUUUUGAGGCUGUUAUGAGGAUAAGGUGUACCAAAGGUCUUUCUAUUCAUACCUUCCAUGGAAAUUUCUUUGUACGAUCAACAGAUUUGCUGUCCUUGCCCAAUGUUAAUCCAGAUGCUGGAUAUGCAGUACAGAUGUCAGUGGAAGAAAAUCUUACUGACAUUCAAGUAGUUUCUUUUCAGUCAGCACUCCUAUAUACUUCUAGCAAAGGUGAAAGGAGGAUUCGUGUACAUACUAUGUGUUUACCAGUAGUUUCAACACUGAAUGAAGUCUACCUUGGAGCUGAUGUUCAAGCAAUUACAGGAUUGUUGGCCAAUAUGGCUGUUGACAGGUCCAUUUCAGCAAGUCUGAGUGAUGCUCGUGAUGCCCUAGUGAAUGCCGUAAUAGAUUCUCUGUCUGCUUAUCGAACUUCAGUUCUAAAUAGUCAGCAGCCUGGUCUCUUGGUUCCCUUUUCUUUACGUCUCUUCCCACUUUUUGUAUUAGCUCUUCUUAAACAGAAAUCAUUCCAAACUGGGACUACUGCUCAUCUAGAUGAACGUAUUUUUGCUAUGUGUCAAGUGAAAAAUCAGCCACUGGUUUACCUCAUGCUCAUGACCCAUCCCAAUCUGUACAGAGUUGACAAUCUCUCAGAUGAGGGAGCCCUCAACAUCAAUGAUAAAACUAUACCUCAGCCGUCUAUUCUGCAGUUGUCUGUAGAAAAGUUGAGCAGAGAUGGAGCUUUCCUUAUGGAUGCAGGCACUGUAAUGAUGCUGUGGGUUGGAAAAAAUUGUGGACAAAAUUUUCUCAGUCAGGUUCUUGGAGUUCCAAACUAUGCAUCUCUACCACUAUGUAUGACAUACCUUCCAGAUCUUGAUACAGCAGAAUCUGCCAGAAUAGGAAGCUUUAUCUCGUGGCUUAGAGAACAUAGACCAUUUUUUCCAGUACUUUACAUAAUAAGGGAUGAGAGUCCUUUGAAAGCAACUUUCCUUCAAUACAUGGUAGAAGACAGAACAGAAUCUGCCUUAUCAUAUUAUGAGUUUCUCCUGCAUGUACAACAGCAAGUGAAUAAAUGAACAAAUGAAGACUAUGGAUCAUCUUUUCCCAAGGGAAAUCACUAGAGUUGAGAAAACUUGAGCUUGUAAUUGUAAUGCUCUUUUUAAAAAAACCUUUUAUUAAUUUUGUGGCCUAGUGUGAUGGUUAAGAUAUUUUCACUGUGAUUUCAACAUACUACAGCAAAUAUUGGACCACAAAAGAAAAUCAAACAUGCAUCUAAAGAUACUGUAUUUUUCAAAUCAAAAUAUAUCUAAAUAUAUUUGGGCACCUUUUUAUUUGCUGCCAAUUAUGUUUGAGUGGUUGUAGACUGAAAUAGGGUAAAGAUAAUAUUGAGGCAAAGUACAUUUUGUAAAAUAAAGAUUUCUUUGUUGCUCAAAAUGUAUGUUAUUUUUUAUUUUUGCUGACUAAGUGUGUUUCAGGGAAAGAUUUAAAGACAAGAUCUUUAAAAAAAAAGUUUAAUUCAUUUACAAGUAAAUGGAUAUUUGAAAACCUUUAUUAUUCCCUCUCCCCCCUCCUUUUUUUUAAAGGAAAAAAAAAGGUUAUCAUGUUAAAUAGAGGUAAUGUUAACUUUUUUUUAGUUCAAGAGGGAAAUAUGAAGUAGUACAUUCAAGCUUUCAAAUCCAAUCCAUCAGUGUUCUUUAUGCUUGAAGGACAAAGCCCUGAUGCAGCAAGAACUAUAAUUAAGUAUAUAUCUGAUUUGGCUGCAGUGAGACUGGAUCAGCCUUGUUCAGCAUUGAAAAUAAUUGGUAGGCAUAAAUAUUCUUUUUUUCUUUUUCCCCCUAAUAAGGGGAAGGAGUAAAGCCUCUGCAUAUUAGGGAAAUGUGAAUCUUUAAUGCUUCAGAUUCUUAGUGAGAUUUGUUUGCUCUGUUUCUGGUCUCUCUUAAAUUUCAUCCACUUUCUCGCAUAUAACAAAUAUAUUCUUUUGAUGAGAUGUGGAUGAAUGAAGGAAAUCAAAUGUUUAAUAUUAUUUUAAAAGCACCAGAAACUUAAGUUACUUUUGGUAGUAUAAAUGAUGAAAUUGAAAAUAAUACACAAAUAAUUUUAUUUGUGGAUGAUGAUUCAGUACAUAUUUUUUUAGACCUUAUUUCUUGGUUCAGAACUAAUGGGUUCAGCAAAGGAAAUGUUAAAGCCAAAACUAUUCAAGGCAUUUUGUUUACUUGUUAAUAUACAUCUAUAUACUUACAAUGCAAUGAUAAAUUGCAUUGUAAAAAAAAAAAAUUAAAAAAAAAUAAAGAUUGACUCAGUGAUUUUUCACAAAUUCAUCUUUCCUUGGGAGUAACAACUCACUAGUAAAUGGAUAUUUCCUUUUAUUAAUACCCAGCAGAAACUUUUUAUUUUAAUGGAAUAUAAAUGUGUUUACAAUGUUGGCCUAGGUUUGAUUAACAAAUUAAUAGUAAAGAUUUAUAUGAGCAUGAGUUGUACUUAAGUUUAACUGAAUUGCCUUGAUACAAGGAAUAAAUAGGUUUUAUCUGAGAAUAGAGCUGCUGUUUUGAGUUGGAUCAGAAAAAUUAAACAAAUUCAUAUUAUUUCUAAAGAAACCUACACUAACCCCUAAACAGUGUCAGACUCUGUUCUCACUAUUCAAGUCCAUUGUACUGGAAGCUUUGUGAAAGUUUUUAGCAAUGGAUGAUUUAUGGUUUUAUUCAUUUGGUGUGUAGUAGCUUUCAAAUUAUACCGAGUUUUUAUUUUCCUCUUAAUACUCAUUUCAUCUUAUCAUGCAUUGACAUUUCUCUAUAAAAAUAAGAAUUGCACAUUAUUUUGAUUUUUGAAACCCUUUAAGGAGUUAAAGAAGCUUCCAGGGUGGGAGUUACAUCCUUCUAGGGAGAAAAAUCCUUGUACCUCAAACAUCCCUACAAUGGGAAUGGUUCUUAUUUGCUCAACCUGUAAUUAUUUUUUGCAUUAUGAAAUUUUCCAUUUUAAUUUUAUUCCCAAUAGUGGGCACAUGACCUUCUAGCUUAUCUAUUACAUUUUAAUGUUGUAAAACAGACCGAUAUUUACACAAUGCCAUAUUUUUCAGCACAGCUGUAAACUGUUAGAAAUGCUUACAGUUUCUAUAGCUUUACAACUGCAAAAGGUAAUAAGCAAGACUAAGUUUGUUAUCUAUUCCUGAGCAGUGACAUCCCUACCACAGCAAAUGCACUCUAUUUUUCUAGUUUCUGGGAUUUUUAAAAUAAUAUAUGUUUGAUUUAAUAGUAUGCAGUCAAAAGCAGUAAUCUUAAUUUGCAUAUAUUUUCACUAUUUUUAAUUUAAUAUAAUGAGUCUAAUAGACUGUUCUGCAAUAAUUAGAAUAAAAUUUAUUUUGUUCAUUUAACAAUAAUCAAAGAUGCAUAACAGCUAUUAUCUAGGGGACCAUCAAAUGUGAUUUUAUGUUUUUGUUCCAUGUUACAAUGUAAUCCUUAUAGUAAAUUUUGUAAAGUAGUGUAUAAUAUUGUAACAUUAAAUUCUUGUUCUCAAAUCCAAAUGUGUAUUGUUCUUCAGUGUAAUGUGUUAAAUCUUGCCUCUUUGAAACAUUAAGAGCCAAGAUUUACUUGUCCAAUUUUUUUAUAAUUUGUAAUUUUUCACUGUAAAAAGAUAAGUCAUUUGUAACACAUGCAAAUUCUUAUUUAUCUGUACUAACAUCAGUUUGGCUAUUCAAUAAAAUUAAUU